AUGUCGUACGGGGAACCAACAGAAACAGUACCUGUAAAAGCACCUGAGCCUUCAAAAACUGAAACAUCAACUGAACCAGCUAAGACAACUCAACAGGAACAGAGUCAGCUCAAUGACGGGAAGGAAGAUGCUAAAACACGGAAACCUUCAGGUUUCCAAACAAAUGAGUAUGCUGACGCCCAGCUUCAAGAGAUUGUCAGAAAAAUGCGUGAAAGGGCAACAGUCUAUAAGGAAAAGCUGAAAGACCCUGUGCUGUCCUCCCCUGAAGGCAGUCCUACAGCUUCACCGUCAAAGAAGCCACCUCCACCCCCACCAAAAGAAGAAAAAAAAGAAGAAAAGAAAGAGGAUGCAGAAGCAAAGCCAGAGGAGGAUCAUUACUGCGACAUGCUGUGCUGCAAAUUCAAAAAACCUCCACUGAAAAAAUACAUGGAGUAUCUGCGACUACCAGAGAGCAUAGACUCCUACACAGAUCGCCGUUACGUAGCGUGGCUCAUGCUUGUGACAGUCGCCUAUAAUUGGAAUUGCUGGUUUAUUCCCCUUCGCUUUGUGUUUCCCUAUCAAACCCCGAGUAAUACAAUAUAUUGGUUUGCCGUGGACGUCAUUUGUGACAUCUGCUACCUGUGUGACUUACUGAUUUUCCAGCCCCGAGUGCAAUUUUUAAAAGGUGGAGAUAUAAUAUCAGACAGAGUGGAAAUGAAGAAAUUCUACCACAGCUCUACGAAGUUUCGGCUCGAUGUGAUAUCAGUAUUGCCGUUUGAAGUUUUAUACUUUUUCUUUGGAUUUAACCCAGCAUUUAGAGCAAAUAGGAUGCUAAAGCAUAACACAUUCUUUGAAUUUAAUGAUCGUUUGGAAGCUAUUCUGGACAAAGCAUACAUUUACAGGGUCAUUCGAACAACUGGAUACUUGCUGUUUAUGUUGCACAUUAACGCGUGCGUGUAUUACUGGGCUUCAGACUAUGAAGGACUCGGCAGCACUAGAUGGGUGUACGAUGGCAAAGGAAACAUGUACCUGAGGUGUUACUACUGGGCCGUGCGUACAUUAAUCACCAUUGGUGGCCUUCCAGAGCCACAAACUCUGUUUGAGAUCAUUUUCCAACUGCUGAAUUUUUUCCUGGGCGUCUUUGUCUUCUCCAGCUUAAUUGGUCAGAUGAGAGAUGUCAUCGGAGCGGCUACAGCAGGACAGACCUACUACCGCUCCAGUAUGGACAACACUGUCUCCUACAUGAACACUUACUCUAUCCCAAGAGUUGUCCAAAAUCGUGUUAGGACCUGGUAUGAAUACACCUGGGACUCUCAGGGAAUGCUGGACGAAUCAGAAUUACUGGAGCAGAUGCCAACCAAAAUGCAAUUAGCCAUUGCGAUUGAUGUGAACUUCGCCAUCGUCAACAAAGUCGACUUAUUCAAAGGGUGCGAUACCCAGAUGAUAUACGACAUGCUGCUAAGGUUGAAAUCCAUUGUGUAUUUACCUGGUGACUUUGUCUGCAAAAAGGGGGAGAUUGGCAGAGAGAUGUACAUCAUCAAACAGGGGGAAGUUCAAGUCCUUGGAGGCCCCGAUGGUACCAAAGUUCUGGUUACACUCCGAGCAGGAGCUGUAUUUGGGGAGAUCAGCCUAUUAGCUGCAGGAGGAGGAAACCGAAGGACUGCCAACGUGGUGGCUCACGGUUUUGCCAACCUUUUCAUUCUGGACAAGAAAACACUCAACGAGAUCUUGGUGCACUACCCCGACUCAGAAAAACUUCUUAUGAAGAAAGCAAAGGUGCUGCUGAAGGAGAAGGGGAAACCUGCUCCAGGACCUCCAGCACAACAACCACGGGGCCUGGCCGGUCUGUUUGGGCAGAAACAGGAGACUCCAAAAUUGUUUAAAGCCAUGCUUGGAGGUAAAGGAAAAGAAGGGCUGGCGAAGCUGCUGCAGCUGAAGAGAGAACAAGACAUUCAGGUAACGCCACAGAAAACAGAGUGGGUCAUUUCGGGAGCUGAAGAGGGAAAAAGGAAAGACACUGGGAGGGCCCAGGCAAACAGAGCGGGGGAAAAUGUAGCCUUAAUGAAGGAAGCUCAAGCUGAAGAAGAGAACAAACCUGAACCAGAGAAGAAACCUGCGGAGCCCACGGCCCCUGCACCCCCUGCGCAGAGGGAAGAGCCGGCCGCAGCUGCCAAGCCCAAACCUCCUGCAGCCAUGCACAGAGGAACCUCUAACGAGUCCCUGAUCAUCAGUAUGUCUCCAUCCCCCAGAGCAGGAGAAGGAGAGAUCCUUAAAGUCGAAGCUAAAGAGAAAAAAAAGAAGUAGAUGGUGCUUUGGGCUGUGGCCCCGUCUAUUGUCUUGCUGAAUUCAGAGAGCUAGCGUGACG